AUGUUUCAUUCUGUCUCCACCGCUCAAACCUCUUUCGACCCGCCGAAGGAAAACCCCAACUACGAGACAAUGCCCGCCCGUUUUUGGAGCCACUAUCAAAGAAGGCCCAAAUCGCCCAAGCAGCUCCAUUCAACGGGCAGGAAGCACCUCAUGAAGGAGUAUAUUACUGACCAGCUAGAGCGGUUUCAUUUGAAGUCUAGCCGAGCUAAUCCUAUCUAUGAUCUCCCGUUAGGGGUGCUUCCUGGGCUCACUCUGAAUGGCGAAGGUGCUGAGAGAAGGCUCCUCGAGAGGAAACCCAGGGUCAGGAAUUUAACAAGACCGUUUUUUGUCAGAGACUACAAUUUGAGGGCCGUUACGCUCACGUCUUUGCCGCACGACGUUAGCCUAGCCGAUAUCGUCUCCCUGGUGAGAGGAGGCCAGUUGGACAAGGUGAUCGAGGGAGACGUUCCCGAGCGGUUUGUACAACUACACUUUUUCUACCGAACAUCAGCAGAGGAGUUUUUUCGUUACGCCAAAUGCGGUCUCUAUAGCAUCAACGGCAAACGCCCCAUAGUCAAAUGGCUCCCGUUUGAAAUCGCCAUGCGAUGUCCCGUGCAAGAGUAUGUGAUGGAGGCGGUCAACAAGUCUCGUGCUACAAGAGUAAUCCGCAUGACUGCCUCAGACACUGUACAUGCCAGUGCAGACUAUUCGAGGCGACAUGUUCAAGACACAGCUUCGUUAUUUGCGAAAGGAUACGAUGUGGGACAGAUACGGACCGAGAUGUCGCAGUUUGGUAAGGUCAUCGAGAUCAAGCCCUACAUAACGAACACAUGGACCAUCACGGUGCACUUUUCCUCGGUGUCGGAGCUGGUGAUUGCUAUGAAAUCGCUCACGCUGCUCAGUCUAUGCCAUUUGCAUAAGUACAAGUGGUGGAAGCUACAGUACGACAAGGACCCUGCUGACGUUCCUUGCUACAUGGUGUAG